AUUAGAUGCCCUGACUUUCACCUUCCUUUUUGCCUCUUAGCUAGCUCAUUAUCUUUUUCAUACAAAGUAACCGAAUUUUGGUUCUUAUUCGUGAUAACGACUACUUCCAUGGAUUAAAUUGCAUUUGUUUUAACUUCUUUCUCUUCACCUGGUUAAAAAUCUUUUCAAAAAUGCAAAACCCUUCUACGGUUACCCAAGAAUCUGGCCCUGCUGCCUUCGAUCUCGUCACACAAUUGGGUCACUUAGCAUUCAACAAGAGCUUUCGCAGCUCAAACACUGAUGGGUUUUGUUCAUUUAAGCCAAAUCACGUGUAUUUUUCAGGCUUCAGAGACUCAAUUUCUCAGAAAAAGCGCAGAGUUGCUGCUGCUGCUUCACUCAGUUUGGGUGCUCGAAACAGCGUUUCUUCGAGCGUUAGGAGAAUCCUGAAUGAUUUUAACAGAGCAAUUAAGUUUCACUGUGAUAGAAUCCCGAUUGGGUUUGCUUCUAUUCGGGUUGGUUCUGAGGAUAACAAUGGAGUGAGAGAUGGUGGUGGUGGCGUUCUUGAGGUUGAAGGUUUGCCUUUGAAUGGUGUCGAAACUGAGACCCCCAAAAAAGUUCUGAUUUUGAUGAGUGAUACUGGUGGGGGUCAUAGAGCCUCUGCUGAAGCUAUUAAGGCUGCUUUUAACGAGGAAUUUGGGGAUGAGUAUCAGGUGUUUGUUACAGAUUUGUGGUCGGAUCAUACGCCCUGGCCAUUUAAUCAAUUACCAAAGAGCUAUAACUUCUUGGUCAAACAUGGAUCAUUGUGGAGGUUAACCUAUUAUGGAACUGCUCCUCGGGUGAUUUAUCAGUCAAAUUUUGCUGCAACUUCAACAUUCAUAGCUAGAGAGGUCGCCAAAGGGUUGAUGAAAUACCAGCCUGACAUUAUUAUUAGUGUACAUCCUCUGAUGCAACAUGUUCCACUUCGUAUUCUGAAGUCAAAGGGUCUACUGAAGAAGAUAGUCUUUACGACAGUGGUCACCGAUUUAAGCACUUGCCACCCAACAUGGUUUCAUAAGCUUGUAACAAGAUGCUAUUGCCCAUCAGCUGAAGUAGCAAAAAGGGCAUUGAAAGCUGGACUUCAACCAUCCCAAAUUAAGGUUUAUGGCCUUCCAAUACGACCUUCUUUUGUGAAGCCUGUUCGGCCGAAGAUUGAGCUGAGGAGAGAAUUAGGUAUGGAUGAGGAUCUUCCUGCUGUUUUGUUGAUGGGAGGAGGGGAAGGAAUGGGUCCCAUCGAGGCUACUGCUCGUGCACUUGAACAUGCAUUAUAUGAUGAGAAUCUUGGGGAGCCAUUAGGUCAAAUCCUUGUCAUUUGUGGCCACAACAAAAGGCUUGCUAGCAAAUUGCUUUCAAUUGAUUGGAAAAUUCCUGUUCAGGUCAAGGGAUUUGUCACCAAAAUGGAGGAAUGCAUGGGUUCUUGCGACUGCAUCAUUACAAAGGCAGGCCCGGGGACUAUCGCUGAGGCUAUGAUACGAGGUCUUCCUAUAGUUCUGAAUGAUUUCAUUGCUGGGCAGGAAGUCGGCAAUGUUCCAUUUGUGGUGGAAAAUGGAUGUGGGAAAUUUUCAAAGUCACCAAAAGAAAUAGCCAAUAUCAUAAGCCAGUGGUUUGGUCCCAAAGCAGAUGAACUCAAGUCCAUGUCUGAAAAUGCUUUAAGGCUGGCUAGGCCUGAGGCAGUAUUCAAGAUUGUCCACGAUCUCCAUCAGCUGGUCAGACAGAGAAAUUUUGUACCCCAAUUUUCUUGUACAACUUAGGUCCACUAGAAAAACUAAACAAAGAAAUAGUUUUUCUAACGAUUUUCCCCUUUUUGAUUGCAUUAUCAAUUACCUUGUUUUCUUAUUUCAUUAGUUUGCUAUGGUAAUCUGAGAAAAUAAUAUCUUUUGCGUCGUA